AUGGCCUCCGACCAUGAGACGCCCCGGACGGUUCCUCCUUGGGUGCGCUCUGCCCACAAUGAUUCCUCCGACGAACUCCGCCUCGAUACCCAGGUGACGCCGCUAUUGCUGCCGAAGACGCCACAGACCGCCCGCCCUGCCUCACACAACUCACACCCCUCUCCUCGUCCCGGCGCUCCCGCCGGCCGCCGCUUCGAUCACGCCCGCGAGGCUGCCCCGCCACUCCCCAACCUUUCUCCAGUUGAGGCAGCGUCGCGCUGGCGCGCAUUUGCGCUCGCCUCCAAAUAUCCCGAUCCGCCGCAGUCGUCCGCCCAACGCGAGGUGGCCUCGCCGGAAUGGAUCCGCGACAACUUCAACGAUCUCGACUCGCCAUGGGAGCCAGACGAGGCGACGAAGACGGAUCUGGAAAAGCAGCCUGGAUUCUGGCUAUUUAGCCACGCAAAGCGGAAGAGCCGCCUCCGCAAAAUCCAUCGUAUUCUUAUGCGGAACCCCUACAUUCCGCUUGUCAUUCGUCUUGUCGUCCUCACCUUCUCGGCUGCAGCACUUGGAAUUUCUGGCCGCAUCUUCCACCUUACCAACCGCAGCGACUGUGACGCUGGCUCGUCCACCUACAUGGCCAUUAUCGUGGAUGUGAUUGCUAUUGUUUACCUUUGCUACAUUACCUAUGACGAGUAUACGGCCCAACCGCUUGGCUUGCGGAAUCCCAAGUCCAAGCUGCGUCUGAUCUUUCUUGACCUACUUUUUAUUGUUUUCGAUUCUGCGAACCUCAGUAUUGCUUUUCAAUCCUUAACAGACUCAAGCUGGGCGUGUGUGGACAACACCGAGCGCGACGACCCGGAAGUCCGGACAUGCUACCAAUCCAGCGUUACGCUCCGGAUUGUGGAGCGGGUUACGCGCUGA